GUAAAAAUAGAGCAACACGUCAGUCAAAAUUUGAUGACGAAAGAAGGGCUUAGGUAAAUUACUAAAUGGAGUAAUUGAAUGAGAUGUUCGUAGCCCUGAGAUUCGAUUCGGCUGGAUAUUUCGAUUAUUUAUGCCUUUACCAGUAUCUACAAAUAUCCAAUAGACUGAUAGAGCCCAGUCGACUUGGCUUUCAAAAGGACACGAACAACGAAUAUCAACCAGAAACGAACAUGGGCGAAAAAACAUUUUAGCCAAAGAGCUAAUAAAUAUUUUCACACAUGUAGGAAUAAUUAGCAAUGAUGCAGAAAGAUGUUCAAUUCAGCACCACGCUAUAGCAUGUAUCAGCUCCGUGGAAGAGUCAGUGGAUUUCUGGCAGUUGUGUUAGUUGUUGCUCUGAUCCUUGUGGUAACUGGAUAUGAUGAUUUUAAACACAAGUUCAUCAGGAAUUCCAUUUUUAAGGACAAGAAAAAUCCAUAUGUAUUUAAUGGAGAAGCCACAUUGAAUGUGCCACAUGAACAAUUAAAGGGAAAUAAUGGAUUUGCACAGGUUACUCCAAACUAUGGUAUCAACAGUGAAAAGGAUAUUUAUGCCAUUGUAUUUGAUGCAGGAAGCACUGGAUCAAGAGUUCAUGUUUUCAAGUUCAAAAUUAUGAAAGGUGGUUUGUUGAAAUUAGAGAAGGAACUUUUCAAGACAACUAAGCCGGGACUGUCAGCUUAUGCAAAUGAUCCUCAUUUAGCUGCUGAGUCAUUAAGGCCUAUGGUAAUUGAAGCACUAGCUUUUAUUCCAAAAGCCAAGCAGAGGUCAACACCAAUAACUCUGAAAGCCACUGCGGGACUCCGUCUAUUGCCUGAAGGGGCAGCUGACAACAUUCUUAAUGAGGUUACACAGAUGUUUAAAGAAUAUCCAUUUCCUCUGGGUGAAAUCAGUAUAAUGGAUGGAAUUGAUGAAGGAAUUUUCAGUUGGAUAACACUGAAUUAUAUUAUAGGUACCCUCACUAGUGGCAACAAAACAGUGGCUGCUCUGGAUUUAGGAGGAGGAUCUACACAAAUUACAUUUGUUCCUCAACACAGGGAAACCAUAAAAGCUGUUCCUAAAAAUUUUACAAGUAAAAUUACACUGUUCAACAGAAGCCACAAGUUAUAUACACACAGCUAUCUUGGCCAAGGCUUAAUGUCAGCAAGGUUUUCUCUUCUGUCCAAUGAUAAAAAGCCAGAUGAAGUAGCAAAUACUACCAUUCUCUCUAGCCCUUGCUUGCCACAUAAAUUCUCAGGACAUUUUAGAUUAGGAUCACACAAAUUUCAAGUACGUGCCCUGACUAAUGGCAGCUCCUUUAAUGCCUGUCUGAAGGAUGCCGUAACCUUUGUGGAUAAUUAUAUGGUGGACGUUAAAGAACUUAGUAAUGCAGAUAUCUAUAUCUUCUCCUAUUUCUUUGAUAGAGCCAAAGAUGCUGGGAUUAUAGCAAAAAAUGGUGGACAGAUGACUAUAAAAGAUUUCAAAAGAGCAGCUAAGCAUUAUUUUUCCAAUCCUUUACCGGAUCAUCCAUAUCUAGGGAUGGAUUUGACCUACAUUUAUGCUUUACUUCAUGAUGGCUACCACAUACGAUCAAACAAAGGACUGGAGGUGAUAAAGAAAUUGAAUGGAACAGAAAUAAGCUGGGCAUUAGGAUCUGCAUUUCAUUUACUAUCAAGCAUGGGUUUAGCUAGAUAAUGUUAUCAUUCCAUGAUUCAAGUACUCAAGUAAAUGUUAGCCAAGAAUUGUGAUUGUGUUUCCAGAUUUGUAAUUUGUGUUUUAUUUUUGUCCUCAUUUUUUUUAAUUGGUUAAAAAUUUAUCUGGUCUGCUUUAAGGUGAGGCAUUUAACAUAGUGCCUUUAACUACAUUUGCAUUUAAAUUGCACCAGUUUUGAUAAUUUUUUUCACUCCAUGUUUAGGUUAUGGUCAAACUAUGCUUGAAAAAAAUCACAUCGUGAUACACUUUCAUAUUUCCACCACAUUGCUGAAUUCAUGAACUUACCAAGCUCUGUAAACAUGUAUUUGAUUGUGUUGCUGUGUAUCUGUGUGUGUGUCUGUGGGGGAGGGGGUGAUGUUCAGGGUUAUUGUAACCAUAUUUCACCAGAGUUUAAAUCAUGUAAACAAUAAAGUCACAGUAUGAAUAUUGAUGAUGCAGAUUUACCUGACGGCUCAUCGAUUCUAUUCAGAAAAGUUAAUUCAGACAUAGGAACAAACAGAUAUUAAUGCACAAUAAAAAGGCAUGAGGAUUAAACAGUGCAUUUUAAUCCCUUUCCAUUGAAGAAAGACAAGAAUGACUUCAGCUUUAUGAUAUACAUGUAUACUUAAGCAUGCUAUACUUUAACAGUAUUUGGGAUCUAAAUAUAUUCUCUGACGUACCAUACUUUAACAAAUUUGGGAUCUAACUGGGUAAAAAUUUAUUCAUUGUGAAAAAUAUAAGCACAGAUUGUAUAAUAUGUUCUUGUUGUAUGUGAUAUGAUACAAUUAUGAUUGAAAAGUCCCAUUUCUAAUUUAUUAACAAUAUAUUCAAAUAGUCUGUAUUAUUGAUGUAUACAAUAUCAGCAUUUCGUGUAUGUGAGUCAUAUUGGAUAACUUUAAAGGCUAGUGAAUCCGAAGCUUUCAUAAUAUGUGAUUAUACUGUUUACUAGAAACAUUUUGUUGAUAUUCACUUUUCCUGAAUAUGCUCCCUUGAUUUGUCAUUUACAGUGUAUACCUAGAUAAUUUGAUACUUCUUUGGUAUAAUUUUUUUGUGGUUUAGUUGAGGUGAAUGAGAAUUAACAUGUAUAUAAUGCAUUUAUGGUACCAGAAUACCACAUUGUUUCUAUAUGACAUGUAUUUACAUAUGUAAUUAUCCAUUUUUCUCUGUUCGUUGUAUGAGGGUUUUAUAGUAUUGUUUCCAUUCCUGCAUUAUAUGUCUGCUCAACUUUGCACUAUUUUAUGUAAAUUCACCUCCCAAAUAUGUAGUCCAUUUCACAAGAAAGCACAAAUUCAGUAUUUAAAAAUAUCAAGAAUUCAUUACUUAAAGGAUGAACAGGGUGGAAUGGAUUAUUAGAGGGUUAUUCAUUUUAAUACAUGGGCUUUUUCACUAGAGACGUACAGGUUCAAAUAUUUGAACCAAAGUCAUGACAAUCAAUUGUCUUUUAUAAAAUGAAAAACUUUAAAUAUUAGAUGAUAAAAUGAGAGGGAGAACAUUUGGCAUUUAAGACAGAAGAGAGUGAAAAGUAUACUUGUUUUUAUACAAAGAAGAUAUCUUUCAUAGAGACAAAAGAUGUAUGUUCUUUAGCAAAACAGAUGUCUGAAUAAAACACAUAUGACCAAGAAUAA